AUGGUUGUUAUCCCAUGGAACAUUGCUAUACCUACGAAGAAAACCACCAUUGUUUUUGCAGUCAAAGACAAUCAAUCUCGUGUGAAUAUAAAGGUCUACCAAGGUGAACGCUCUAAAGCUACCGACAAUUAUUUGUUGAGAUCAUUUACAGUUUCUGGAAUUCCACUUGCUCCUAUGGGAGUCUCACUGAUUGAGGUUUGCUUUGAAAUAGAUGAUAACGAUAUCCUCAUUGUUACAGCUAAGAUAGUAUCUACUGGCAAGACAGUAAAACUUACUGUUACCAAUUAUGGUGGAAGAUUGUCCAAACAAGAGGUAGACAAAAUGAUGAAAGAUGUCGAGAAGUUCAAGCUUAAGGACCAACAGUUCAAAAGGAAGGCAAAAGCAUACAUUGGCAUGGAUGAUUGCAUAUAUCAUUUAAGGAAAAAGAUCAAAAGUAAUGAUAUGCCCCCAAAGGACUUGAAGAACAUGCAAUAUGCACUUGCUGAAACAAUGCAAUGGCUCUUUAAGGGCAGAGUUGCAGAGCUUGAAGAGAUUGAGCGCAGGAAGAAGUACCUUUCUUUCAUAUCUAGGUUUCCAUUUCAAAAGUAA